AUUGUUUAGUUAUACCUCACACAUGUACUAAUAAUACUGGCAACACUGCUCAGCUCAUCAAUCACUGCCCGUCACCAUUGACCAUUCGCUAAUAUUGUCAUUUUGUCAUUGUGGAAGUUUAGACAAAUUUUAAUAAAAACAAGAAUACUCUUUAUCACGGACGAAUAUUAAAGCCUUGAGAAAAUGGAUGCUGCCGAUGUUAUUCUAAAAAAUGAUAAGAUUAAACCUAGUGUAGAUUUAGAGGAAGAUCCUCUACUGCUAAGACCUCACACAUCAACUGUGAACAUAAUAAAUGAGUGCCAGAUGUUUAUAAAAGCAGAGGAUGGUGGUGGCGAUGCGCACAUGAAUUUAACUGAUAAUAUGCCGCAAGAAAGCACUGAAAAACCCAAAUUUGUAACAUCCACACCAGAUCAAAAGAAAGACAGUCCAUCAGACAAUCAGAUUGCCGAUUCAAACCCAGAAUGUGAUAUGGAAGAGAUUCCAGACUUGCCAGUAGAUGAGGGAAUGCCUAGUACAGUCACUGUUUUGGAAGCCCCUGAUGGUGGUAAAGUGUACUUAAUUGGUACAGCACAUUUUAGUCUGCAAUCUCAAGAAGAUGUAUCCAGGGUUAUACAAGAAGUGAAACCCCAUGUUGUCAUGGUGGAACUGUGUGAACAACGCACCAAUAUUCUCCUACUUGAUGAAGAAAUUAUUCUGAGAGAGGCUAAAAACAUUAACAUUAAAAAGAUCAGAGCAACAAUGGCUCAGAACGGUGUGUUCAAUGGAUUAAUGUACAUCCUCUUGUUGAAUAUGUCUGCACAUAUUACAAGGGAGUUGGGCAUGGCACCUGGUGGUGAAUUUCGACGCGCAAUGGCCGAGGCAAAGAAGAUUCCUAACUGUAUUGUACAACUGGGUGACAGAGCUAUAGAUAUAACAUUGCACAGAGCUAUAGCGUCGCUUUCGUGGGGACAAACUAUACGAUUUAUAUGGCACCUGCUAACUUCGAACCAGUCGAUAAGUUUGGAAGAAGUGGAGAAAUGUAAACAAAAGAAGAUGUUGGAUGACAUGUUAGAGGAGAUGGCGGAGGAAUUUCCGGCGCUCAAGCGCGUGUUCGUUGUUGAGAGGGACAUGUACCUCUGUCACUCGCUGCAGGUCGCCGCCUUGCAGCCGCGCCGCGAGCCAUGCCGCAUUGUGGGCGUGGUUGGCAUUGGUCACGUCGCCGGCAUCGUAGAGCAUUGGGGUAAAAUCAAACAGCAAGAUAUCCCCCCGCUAUUGAAAGUGCCGCCGCCGUCGUGGUCGACGGUGGUGCUGCGCGUGUCGCUGCGCGCGGCGGCGGCGGGCGCGCUGGUGUGGGCGGGCUACAAGCUGCUGCCGCGCCGCUGGCUGCCCUGAUGACUACAGCACCCCUUCUACUUCACGCUGCUCUGGAUCGGCUGCUUGUAUAUUUUGUUCAAGAUUACGAAAAAUCUUCGGCGUCUAAUAGUGUUGGGACUUGCGAAUAUACUCGCUUGUUUGUUGGAAUUAUACUUAUACAUGACUCUGUAAUUGGGAUUAAUAACAGUGAGCUGUAUAUUUUGAUUUUUUGUUGGGUUAUAAUAAUAAGGAGCGGCGAAACUAAAAAUUACGUGUGUGGCGACGGUUUCAAAUAGCGAUUAUAAUGUUUGUGUUGAAAAUAAUGAUGUUUAUGUUUCGACAAAAAAUACUGAUCGAUUAUAGAGAGUAAUCGUCAAUCUUUUAGCCGGUGUGAAAUCUCAAGUAACUUCGCAGUAGAUAAUAACAUGUAUAUUAAGGUAUAUUGAGUGGGUGAAGUAGUUAUCAAAUCGGCCAAGAAUGACGAUAACUGUGUGUAGCUGAUAGAUCGAAGCUAAUUGUUCACUUGCUAUGUGUUUGUAAAAUUGGAAAAUAAGUCAACCCCAGUAGGUCACUGCGUGGCGUUCAUAUGCCUUACCAUUUAUAUAGGACUGAAAUGUUAAAAUUAUUUCAGUCAAUUAAAGAAGUGUUCUGAUUACAAUAGUAGCAUUUUUUAAGAAUCACUUUUGUUUCACGUACUGUAGCAACCUUAUAAUGACUGUACAUUGCACCAACGUUUUACUUAAAAUAUACAUUAUUAUAUCCGUCCAAGUAGUUUUCGGAUUAUUAACGGAUAACACACGAAGCAAUAAACGAAUAAUGGCAUAUAUGGCGUUCAGAAAAAGCAAAAAAAAACAUUAAGCUUGUCUAUAGUUUGUUAUUUUUUCAAAUACUGUACAGUUUAUACGGUAUUAUUUAUAUUUAUACCAUUAGCCAGAGUCAUUAAUUAUAAUUUACUUUCAUCAAAAUAUACUUGUUCAUAAUUUGGAUUUUUGCUCAAUUUUAAUUUAAGGCGAUUCCUGUAUUCGUUGUUAUAAUGAAGGUCAUUAGUAACCUUCAAUCGGUUGGUUAGCCCCUAUUACGAUAUUUUUAUCACGUACCUAUUCGAUCUACUCGCGCACCACCAGGGGUAUGCAUAACUCACUUUGAUAAAUCUUUUUUUUGUAAUAUUUAGCUGAUUUGCUUUAUUUUAUCUUGUAAAAAGUUAAAUGUUGUAACUACAUAUGUAUCUACUUAGAUCGUAAAAUAUAAUUAAAAGACUGAUCUUUUUUAAUGUUGGUUUGUGGUUAUUUUGAAUUUAAAAUUAAAAUGUUGACAUUGUGUUUCCGUUAAUGUCCGAUGAUGAAGAGAGGAUUAUUCAGUAAGAAUUAAUGUUUAAUGUAUCCUGUUAAUUUAGUAGCAUUUAAUUCUACUAUUUCUGUCGUAUUUUUAUUAUUAUUUUCAAAUAAAUUAGUUGUAAGUCUUAUCGUGUUAGUUUAUGUUUCUUUUCGCUUCUAAGAUCUAAUGUUUUACUUGCUUUGAUGAAUUAAAUGUUAUGUUGACUCUAUAGCGUUGUAUACCUGUAGAAAAGCUCUUUAUUGACACUGUAAUAAAACUUUGUUUUGUUAUUUUUGGUCUGUAAUAUAGUAAAUUAAAUAAAUGUUCAUAAUAUAAGGACUGUGAUAAUUUAAGGAAUAAAUUUAUGAUAAAAAUUUCCAUCCAUAUUACUGGGUAAUUGGGUACAGUAAGGACUAAAGUCAUGUAAAUCGCGUCGUAAUACGAUAAUGCAUAUGGCUUGAAAUUGUUUUCAAACGAGUGUACCAAUUCCCUGAAAUCUUUUAAUACAAAUCAAAAUACCUAAGGCGAAAAAAAAAUAUAAAAAAUUACUUAAAUUACUACAAACAACACUAGGUGGUUGUGUAUAAGUCGGUAUCUCAUCAGCUCAAUUUAACACCACCCUGUAUAUCUCUAUGUUGCUUAAGAAAAGGGAUUCAACUAAAUGUAUAACAAGAUUGUUGGAUAUUAGGAAUAUAAUGGUCGUUCAUAAAACUGUUUCACUAAACAGUGAUCGAAGAAUGUAAAGUCAUCGGUGAAUGAAAUACGAGUUUGGCAAACUGGCCUAACCGAGUUUCGAUUUAUAUUAAAAAUUUAAUAAUUGAAUAGGUUUUAUAAUUAUUUUAGAAUCUUGAUCCGGUUCAUUAGCUUUUUUCAUGUUAUAUUUAUACAUAAUAUAUACUUACCUAAUAUAUUAAACCUUCUAAUAGAGAAAAUAACAGUAAAAAUAUAUUAAUAUAGUUCAGACGAUUUCGGAGAGUUUGACGUAGUUCGACUGCACUGUUUUUACCAAUAAAAUUUAUAUAAUGUGUAGUCACUUUUACGAGAUAAGUAUUUAAGUAGCCUCUCUUUUUUUUCAAAAUAUAGUUGUUCAUAUUAUAUUUAUAUGUACUGACUUGUCCAUAUUUUUCAAUAUAAAGGUCUGAAAUUGCUGUUUGAGUAGAUAAGAAUGAAUGUUUAGUCAAUAAAAUUUAAUGAUUA